UCGAAUCUGUCUGUCUUUUUACCCCGCUUUUGCUGUCAGUCACUGUCAGCGCUGUGCUCUGUUCACAUGCAGAGGGAGAAGGGGGAGUGUGGCGUCCCUGGGGAAAAGGGAGAGAGAGGAGAUCCCGGUCAGCCAGGUGCCGAGGGGACUGGCGGCGCGAAAGGACAAAAAGGUGAUGUUGGUCCUCCUGGUCCUCCUGGUUCUGUGAUGACAGCUCAUGGGUUAAGACAGCUCUCUGGAACUGAUGAAAGAGUCCAGAAGGGUGAGAAGGGAGAUGAGGGCGAGAAAGGAGCUCAAGGACUGCCGGGCCUAAAGGGAAGCAUGGGACCUCCGGGACUGAAGGGAGAUCAAGGAUUGGAGGGAAAACAAGGUCUACCUGGAUCCACUGGGCUCCCUGGACUCCCAGGCGAUUCUGGCUUACCAGGGGAGCCGGGGGUGCCUGGGAGAGAUGGCCUGAAAGGAGAAAAGGGAGACUCUGGGGCAGUGAUUGGUCCACAGGGGCCUCCUGGUCCUAAGGGGGAGCCUGGAGAACCUGGCGGUGCAUAUAUGAGUGAUGGGCUGUCUCUGAGUAGAGGGUCUCGUGGGCCGAAGGGUGAAAGAGGUGUGCCUGGUGUGCCUGGAGACCACGGCGAAAAGGGAGAACCUGGAGAGAGUAUCGUUGGCCCCGCGGGACCCCCAGGGAAGCCAGGAGCUGAGGGUCUCCGUGGACCACCGGGUUUUUCCGGCCCUCCUGGAGCUCCAGGAAGAGAGGGCUCCCGUGGUAGACCGGGUCCACCGGGCCCUGCUGGACCUCCAGGUGAACCAACUGCCCUGCCUCUCGUUGGAGACAUGGGUGCAUUACUUAAGAACGCCUGCAGUCUUUGCCAGACAAGAGUUCCUGGUCUGCCUGGGCAGAAGGGAGAGAAGGGUUCCCCUGGAGUGCAAGGAGUGGAAGGCUUGGUGGGAGAAAAGGGGGAUCCAGGUGUAAGAGGUCCGAUGGGUAAUCCAGGAAAAGAAGGCCCAAAGGGCGUAAAGGGAGAGAGAGGCUUCCCAGGCCCCUCCGGAGACAAGGGUGAUGAGGGCCCUCCAGGAGCUCCAGGACUUCCAGGCGUAACAGGUCGAACAGGAGCCCCGGGACUUGUAGGUAGACCUGGUUCUAUGGGCCCACAAGGAUCAAAGGGAGAAAAGGGAAACGAUGGAGCUCCAGGCAGACAAGGACUUCCAGGACCUCCAGGUGCGCCGUAUGUGGAGGGAAACGGGAUGAGCAGUCUGUACAAGCUGCAGAGUGGUGGAGCUAUUUUAGGACCUCCUGGAGCGCCCGGUGCUCCGGGCCCAAAAGGAGAUGAAGGACCUGUCGGGGAACCAGGACCCAUGGGCUUACCUGGGCUCGAAGGGCUUCCCGGUGCCAAGGGAGAUAUCGGCCUGCCUGGCCCUCCUGGGACAUCAGGUCCUCCAGGGAAACCCGGAACACGCGGAGAGCCAGGGAUCCCAGGAGAGCCGGGCGAGAGGGGGCCCAUCGGAGAGACCGGAUUCCCUGGACCCGAGGGGCCUCAAGGUGUUCCUGGGAGGCCUGGAAAAGAUGGAACUCCUGGAUACAAGGGCUCCACGGGUACACCAGGCGACAGAGGAUCCAAAGGUGAACGUGGUGAUCCAGGCAUUCCGGGAGAAAGAGGCAUUCAAGGUGAAAGGGGUCGCAUGGGCGACCCUGGCAUGGUUGGACCGAUGGGACCGCAAGGUGUAAAAGGAGAUCCUGGCCCCCCUGGGCAGCUGGGGAGCGUAAAGCUCCUGGAUGAUCCCAGCUUUACAGAAGAACUCAAAAUCUUUAUCCAAAGUGAAGUAAUGAGGAUUUUUGAAGAGAAAGUGUCUGGCGCCGCCACGCAACAGAAGACACCUGCCGGCAUCUUAGCUUCACCUUUCCAAGGUCCUCCAGGACCCCCGGGCAAGGAUGGGUCCUCAGGUCCACCAGGAGAGCCUGGGCCACCUGGACCUCAAGACCCAUAUAUCAAUGCAGACUGAGGGGCUGGGAGCAGAGGAAAGGCCAGGAGUGUGGUGCACUGCAGCUCUCUGGGAAAUAUGAAGACAAACGAAGAAUUGGCUGUGAAUAAGAGAAAAUGUUAUCAGUGUGGACAGAAAAGAGCUCCAUUACUGAUACCUCACUCAAGGAGAGAAAGCUUCUGAAACACAAAAGGAGCGUAGUCGAGUUGGAGGGUGGACAUUCAUUAUAGGACUAAUCCUGACUCUCUGACUGCUCACACAUCACUAAUGGUUUGCUGGUCAGGCUUUGUACCUCCAACAUGCUUAGAUUUAUUUUGUGUCCUCAGCAGAACUUUGGUAAAGCUUUGAAAGAGGAGUGCUUCAUGUGUUGGUGCACAUCAAAGCACUGCUGCAUUGGCCUUUCUCUUUAAACUUUUGUAUCUACCUCACAUUGUUCAAGACCAUAUAUAUAUAUAUAUAUAUAUAUAUAUAUAUAUAUAUAUAUAUAUAUAUAUAUAUAUAUAUAUAUAUUAACUCAAAGCUAUAACUUCUAAUGCUCGUUUCAUUUCAUUCAUGAAUAAAGUUCAGCUGAAACCAGAUGUUUACAAACACAUAAAAAUAGGCAAAUCUUUCCCUAAACGAUUUUUUUCCCACUUACAGAUAGUGAAAACACGAGAUUUGAGAUUAGAAUAAAACAUUUUACUUAUAUAAAAAAAAUGCAUUUUUAAUUCAGAAAUGUGGGCUUAGUGAAAAGGGUGUGUAAUACUUGUUUAAACGUAGUUUUCAAAGGGCACUUUUAAUCUGCAAAAGGACCUUGUAAAACAUUGAUUGAAUAUAACUACAUUUCUCAAAGCACAACAGUCAGUUCAGAACCAUGAGAUCAGCACAGCGUAAUGCCGUACUAACGUACUUCACAGCUACGAUAAUUUCCUCAGGCUUGAACCGAUGGUCAUUACGGUGGAACACUUCAAAUUUAAUUUUUGUCAUGACACACGACAGGCCUUUGCAAAAGAAAGUUUUUCUCCCUGUCUGAAUUUGCAAACUGUAGCCUGCAUUUUUAUGUAGUUUUCAAAAGAAUGUCUUUGCUAAAUGGCCUUUCAGGCCAUGCUGAUGCAGGAUUUGUUUCUUUGUUGAUUAUGACAUUCUCUUACCUGCUUCAGCUAGCACCUUAACAAGCUCUUUUGCUUUUUGUUGAUACGCACGUGUCAAUCCAAAACACAGUCACAUGUGGGACACAGAACCCAUCUCCUUCCUGAACGUUAUGGUGGCUUGGAAGUCCCACGGUGUU